CCGGAAGUGCUUGUCAAACCGGACGUACAAACUUCUCAAUGUGACUUACCUUAGCUAGUGUUGUUAUGUUUUAAUACUGUCUUCAGGUUGUGGUUUAAAGUCUACAAAAUGUUUCUUACCACGGCCAAUUUGGCCAAGGCAAAAUCAAAGUCCAUCCUUGUGCAGAUGCUGAGCGCUGCAGGGACAGGCUACUUCUUCGUCACGAAGAGGAGCCGUCUCAGAGACAAGCUGGUGCUGCGCAAACAUGAUCCAUUUGUGAACAAGCACGUCUUAUUCUUCGAGAAGAGGAAGAUCAAAUCGGUUUAACAAUGCACCAAAACAUAUGGACAACAUAAACCUGCGAGGUUUAAACCGACUGUCUUUAUUGACAUGGAUCAUACAAAGUGUUUCGUCAGUUUGGCUGGCUCACACGUUUUCAGAGGAUUUCUUCUUGGAUCUGUCAGAAGGCUUCUGCUCUCUCCACUGCACCAGCUCUGUGAUGCCAAACCCGACCAAGCUUCGACAAAGUCUUAACACCAUUUUUAACAAACUACUCACUCAUGUGAAAAAUGAUGUUAUUUGUUGGAGCCAUAGUAGCUGUCUUGAUCUAAAGCUGUUAUGUCAAAGAAUAACAUGUGAAGGUGGUAUUUAACAGUUCAAGUGUCUGAUGAUGAUUAUAAUUCAGGAAGUGUUGUACAACUUUAUAUUUAAGCCAGGUACCUAUUAAACCACUUGUGAAAUAUGAUCUACUCGGGGUUAUGAAAUCAGUUAAGUAAAUUAUGUGCUGGACAAACUAAAUGUUAAAUGCUUUUAAAGUGUGUAACAGUUUGUACCUCCUGAGUGGCUGUGGCUUAGGAGGGAGAGGAGAUCCUCCACUAAUCAGACGGUCGGUGCUUAGAUCUGCAGCUCCUACAGUCACCAUGUGGAAGUGUCCUUGGGCAGGAUACAGAACACCAAAUUUGCGUGUGUGUGUGAGAAUGUGUGAAUGUGGCGUGUUGUGAAGUGCUUUGAGUGGUCGGUAGCAAAGCACCAUAUAAACGCAGUUCAUUUACUGGAAUUUGAAUUUUCCAAAAAUGAAUCCUUGUCUGUUGUUAGUAGACUUGUUAUCACAUCGACACAAUUCAUAUAACUGUUCAGCAACUAUUCAACAUUAUUAACCAUUACAUCAACCAUUGAGCUUUAUAUUAAAGUAGCAUUGGUUACAUCCUCAUCGAUCCUCAGUACUUUCAUAAUAUUGUUCAUCCUCAGAUUUCUCAUUUCAUAGGACCCCUGCCAGAUUUAGUGUAUUUAAAAUGCUGCUUGUUGGUUUACUGCUCUCAGAACAGUUCCGCUGGUAGGUCCUUUCUGAAAGGGUAAGACGUUUGUGUGCCGACAGCCUGCACGCUCAGUCCUGCCACCUGAUUGGCUCUGCGGACCAUCUCCUCCAGAGGCACUGUGGGAUAAUGAGCCAUGUAAAAUGCCAGUGCUCCAAUAAAGCUGUCU